AUGCGUUGUGCGGUGGUGGUUACCGGUGCCUCGAGAGGCUUUGGGCGUUGUUUAGCCCUCAAUUUCGCUCGAGAGCUUGCCACGAGCGACUUGGACCUGGCUCGACGCUCUGUGCCGUCAAGUGGACGCCUUCGCGUGUUCACUCGACCCGUGGACCUGAGCGACAGCGCCGACUACACGACCAAAGUCGACGCGUUGUUGAUUCAGUUGACGUCGGGGGCGGAGCGUCACGACCGCGUCUUCCUCGUGCACAACGCGGGGGCCCUCGGGGGCUUGGGCUUCGCGCAGGAAUGCCCGAGUCCGAGCGUCAUGGCGCGGCACUUUGAGCUCAACGUGACGUCCGUCAUGUGGCUCAACAAGCGCUUCCUCGACGUCUUCGGCCGUGAGGUGACCACCUCCAGCAUCAACGCCAUAAGGUCGGAGCUGACUGUGAGUCAGGCGGAUGUCCUGACGCCGCGGCUGGUCAUCAUGAACGUGUCCUCGCGAUCAGCGAUCGCUCCUUAUCCGACCUUGAGCCAGUACUGCACGGCCAAAGCUGCUCGCGAGAUGCACUUCCGCGUGCUGGCGCUGGAGCAGAGCGGCUGCCACUGCAACGGCAACUGCAACAAGGAGGAGGUGGCGGUGCUCUCGUACUCGCCCGGGGCCAUGGACACCGACAUGCAGAAGACGAUGCGCGAGUCGCCGCUCAUGGCCCCGCAGCUCGCCAAGUGGUUCAACGACAUGAAGGAGCAGGGAACGCUCGUGCCGACCGAGAAAUCGUCUCGCCGCGGGGUCGUGGCGGCCAUCAGAGGCGCGUUUGAGUCCGGCAAGUACGUCACGUUCGACGAGCUCAGCUUCAUCGACGAGCCUUGA